UGCUCAGCUGCUCUUAUAAGAGGCCCGAGACAGUGAAGGUCCUGUUUGAGCAUCAGUCUGUCCGUCAGCCGACCAUGAUUCAACCAGUGCACUGUCUGCUUCUAGCCUCGGCUGUGCUGCUCUGCAACUCCACCCCCACCCCCACGGAGAAACAUGGCGGCUCAGACACCAAGUGUCCUCUGACGGUGAAAAUCCUGGAUGCGGUGAAAGGGACUCCAGCUGGAUCUGUGGCCCUCAGGGUGUUUCAGAAGGCUGCCGAUGGGGCGUGGACACAGAUCGCUAAUGGAGUGACGGACGACACUGGAGAGAGCCACAAUCUGAUCACGGAGCAGCAGUUCUCAGCAGGAGUGUAUCGGGUUGAGUUUGAUACCAAAAGUUACUGGAAGAAUGAGGGUAGCACGCCAUUCCAUGAAGCAGCUGAUGUGGUGUUUGAGGCCCAUGCUGAGGGUCAUCGUCACUACACCUUGGCCAUGCUGCUCAGUCCGUACUCCUACAGCACCACCGCUGUGGUGACCAACACACACCAUUGAUACACAUCGCAGCUUGGAUAUAUACAGUCUGCUGGAGACAUCAGUGAGCUGCACAUCAUUUGGUUUUUCUGUUCUUGUGCUGAUCCAAACCAAUGAAUGUGUGAAUGUGUUGUGCAUGUAUCCAAAACCUGAUGUAUCUUCUUCCUCUGAGCCAUAAAACCCAUCACCGAGCCACACUGUU